UAUGGCUCACAGGCCCAAAAGGACUUUCCGGCAGCGGCGAGCCGACUCCAGUGACAGCGACAGCGCCGAGGAGCCGUCUGCUGAACCCGGGGCGCCGGGGGAGCAGGCAGUCCCGGCCCCUGAGCAGGAAGAGCCAUCCCCUGGAGGAGGCCGCGCAGAGGCGGCCGAACGGCCCCUUCGCGUCCGAGGCCCUCGGGGCCGGGGCCGGGUCUGGGCGACUUCCCGGCGCGCCCCCGGAGCGGCUCCCCGCGGGGAUGGCGGCACGGGCGUCCCAGAAUCCAGAACAGUUGAUCUUUCAACAGAUGACGAGGACGGAACAUACGAUGCCUCAGAAAGUAAAGGUGAUCAGAGUUCAUCUUCCAACAACUCUAGCUCUCUGGAAGAAGAAUUUUCAUCAAUAGUAAAUAUCCCUGAUGCAGCUUUUAUUCAGGCGGCCCGUAGAAAACGUGAAUUGGCCAGGGCCCAAGAGGACUAUAUUUCUUUGGAUGUAAAACAUCCAUCUACUAUCUCUGAUAUGAAGAAGAGCAGUGAUGAAGAUCCUGAGAGUGAGCCUGAUGACCAUGAAAAAAGAAUACCAUUUACCCCAAAGCCUCAAACACUUCGACAAAGAAUGGCUGAAGAAACAACAACCAGACAUGAAGAAACAAGUGAAGAAAGUCAAGAAGAUGAAAAUCAAGAUAUUUGGGAACAGCAGCAAAUGAGGAAAGCAGUUAAAAUCACAGAGGGAAGAAACAUAGAUCUUUCCCACAGUAGUGAAUUUCAAACAGUGAAGAAGUUUGAUACUUCCAUUUCAUUUCCACCAGUAAAUUUAGAAAUUAUAAAGAAGCAAUUAAAUACUAGAUUAACAGUACUACAGGAUACUCACCGCUCACACCUGAGGGAAUAUGAAAAAUAUAUAGAAGAUGUCAAGAGCUCAAAGAGUGCCAUCCAGAACCUAGAGGGUUCAUCAAAUCAAGCUCUAAAUUUUAAAUUCUAUAAAAGCAUGAAAACUUAUGUGGACAAUUUAAUUGACUGUCUUAAUGAAAAGAUUAUCAGCAUCCAAGAAAUAGAAUCAUCCAUGCAUGCACUCCUUUUAAAACAAGCCAUGACCUUUAUGAAACGCAGGCAAGAUGAAUUAAAACAUGAGUCAACGUAUUUACAACUGUUAUCACCCAAAGCUGCGACAUCAACAAAUGGAAGCUUGGCUAUAGAUGAAAAAACUCAACGGAUUUUAGAAGAAAUUGAAUCUCGAAGGGCACGAAGAAGACAAGCAAGGGUGCUUUCUGGAAAUUGUGAUCAUCAGGAAGGGACAUCUAGUGAUGAUGAACUAUCUUCAGCAGACAUGACUGGCUUCCAGAAAAGCCAGGAUGACAUUUUACAAGAUCAUAAGAAGAUUUUUGAAGAUGUGCAUGAUGAUUUUUGUAAUAUCCAAAAUAUUUUGUUAAAAUUUCAACAAUGGCGAGAAAAGUUCCCUGAUUCUUAUUAUGAAGCUUUCAUUGGUUUAUGCAUACCGAAGCUUUUAAAUCCCCUAAUACGAGUUCAGUUGAUUGAUUGGAAUCCUCUUAAGUUUGAUUCCAUAGGUUUAAAACAGAUGCCAUGGUUUACAUCUAUAGAAGGAUUUAUGGAUAAUAGUAUGCAAGAAUCAAAGAAGGAAGAUAGUUCUGAUAAGAAAAUCUUAUCUUCUAUCAUCAACAAAACAAUUAUUCCUCGACUUACAGACUUUGUAGAAUUCAUAUGGGAUCCCUUGUCGACCUCACAGACAACAAGUUUAAUAACAAACUGCAGAAUGAUUCUUGAAGAACAUUCCACUUGUGCGAAUGACGUUAGUAAAGGCAAACAGGAUUUACCUAAAUCCAUUGUUUCAAGAAUGAAGAAAGCAGUAGAAGAUGAUGUUUUUAUUCCUCUGUAUCCAAAGAGUGCUGUAGAAAACAAAACAUCGCCACAUUCAAAGUUCCAAGAAAGACAAUUUUGGUCAGCUCUAAAGCUCUUUCGCAAUAUUCUUCUUUGGAAUGGACUCCUCCCAGAUGAUACCUUGCGAGAGCUAGCACUGGGGAAGCUGCUAAAUCGUUACCUUAUCAUAGCUCUUCUUAAUGCCACGCCUGGGCCAGAUGUUGUUAAAAAGUGCAGCCAGAUAACAGCAUAUUUACCAGAAAAAUGGUUUGAAAAUUCUGCCAUGAGAACAUCUAUUCCCCAGCUAGAAAACUUCAUCCAGUUUUUACUGCAGUCUGCACAUAAAUUAUCUAGAAAUGAAUUCAGGGAUGAAGUCAAAGAAAUAAUUCUUAUUCUGGUGAAAAUAAGAGCUUUGAAUCAAGCGGAAUCAUUCAUAGAAGAGUAUCACCUAGACCAUCUUAAAUCAUUAAUUAAUCAAGUUUGAGUAAACUUUAUAGGAAAGUACUAAAGUAGAUUUUAGUAUAGUCACACUCGGCUCCUUUGCUGGGGGGUGGAGGAGUGGCUAGUGCCUCUUUAUUCCUAGUAAUGGAGGCGAGCAUUUGGGGGGAAAACACGGAUUUCAUCCCUCCACUCCCUCUAUCAGGAAGGGCUGCCCUCCUGAUCCUGUGUGUUUGCAGAAAUUGAGCACACUGGGCAGUUAAGAAUUUGAGCUACGAGUUCCCCUUCCAUUUUUGUUGCAGCUUUUCCAAUUUAAGAGAGGAGGUGGCGAAACCUUGCUUGUUGCUGCUUUGGCUUUAGUGAGUCUUGUGUUAUGCCCUGAUCCACAAAACAUCUUUUCUUUUCAUUUUAAUGAUCUCUGUUUACAAAUAAGUUAAAAUGGAAAUCUUAAUUGGAAUGAAUUAUUUAUUAAGUAUUAACUGAUUAAGGUAUUUUUAAGGCUUUGAUAACUAAUAAUUAUCAAAUUGUCCUUCAGAAAGCUGUACCAAUGUGUUGUACCAACACAGGUGCGAGAGAGGCCUGUGAAUCCCCCCAGCAAUAGGUAUUAUCAUUUUUUUAACUCAUUGUAAAUUUAAUAAGUGAAAAAAAAUCUUAUUUUAAUUAUGUGUUUGGGCUAUUAGAGUGGGAUUGCUUGUUUUUUGACCAUUUGUAGUUCUUUGUGACAUGUCUAUUGGUCUUUUUCUUAUGGAUUUGUGAGCUUCAUAUAUUUAAAGAUAACAGUGUUUAGUCUGUCCUGUGUCAUUUGCCAUUUUUCUUUUAAUUCUGUGUCUAUUUUUGGUAUAAUAAGUCAUUACUUGUUAGGUAAUUACUAUUUUGUUAUGGUUUUUGUCAUUGAGGUAAAUUUAGAUAAGAAACUGGUAUUUUAAAUAACAAAUCAUGUGAUUCAUUUUCUGGUAAAAUAUUUGUAUAACUAAGAAAAUCUGGGGCAAGGGUUAAUGUUGAGAAUAUUUUUCAAAGUAAGAGUUCACUAAUAAUAUUUCUUAAAUCUAUUUGUAAAAUAACUCAAUGGCAGCCCUAAAUAUAUAUUUUGCCCAAAAGAUAAUCAGGAAAAACAUGAUUCUAUUGUAGGAUUUGAGCCUGAGGCCUCUGACACUGUCACCCUAGCUUUGAAGCUGCAUAUAUUUUAACAGAUUGAUGUGUUAUUUCUACUGCAGUGAAGACUCAUGAUUCACUUGAUGAAUAGUUUUUUUAAAGUUUAUUUUAAUUACACAAAUUAUACAGGAAUAGAGUCUCAUCUAGAAGAUUAAAGCCAUUGCUGAAAAGCUUUUAGCAUUCCCACACAAUUAUUGUUCCCAGAGGUCAGUGCUAUUUUCGUUUCAGUGUUACUCUUUCAGACCUUUUCUCUAUUUACAAGUGCAUGUGUGUGUGGUUUUGUUUACAUAAAUAGCCAUAUUUUAUUGUUUUGCAUAUGAAAUUUAAUUUUUUUACUAUUAAAGUACAUACACAUUUGGAAACUUC